AUGAAGGGUCAACUAUUAGAUUCAGCGCGUCCCUAUCUGCAGCUCUUCUCGCUCCUCAGCCUGACGCCGCCUCCUAGCAGUUAUGAGGGAAGUCAUCGCACCUUUCAAUGGAAGUUAUUGAUGCUCAUCUUCAGCUGCUACACCUGCUGCAUCUUCCUGCUUGGUGUCUAUGUUAGCUACAUAAACAAAUUGGUACUUGACGUCGAGCUUCAAGAACUAGCGGUAAAAGAUUUCAGUAACGUUUUGGGCAUGGCUGAGAAGGUUUUCUACAUUUUUCUUCUGGCCACCAAUUCUGUUUAUAUGCUGAUCUGUUACCAUAAAUUGGGUCGCAUUUAUUGCGAAAUUUCUUCAAUAGAACUUGACAUCGUUGCAGCAUUUCAAUCAAUUGGCAGUCAACGAAAGCAUUAUAAUUUUCGAGUCUACCUCUUCAAACGCAUUGGAUUGUGGACUAUCUUCCUGUUUGUGGCCUUGCCAUGUCUAACGUUUCCUUUGUUUACGCACUUCAUGCCAUGGCACAAAAAGAUCCUCAGCGAGUUUAUCCUGCUUGAACUGCUGCUACGUUUGCGUCAGAAGCUCAUUCAGAUCCAACAGGAGCUGACAAUCUGCGAACAACAUGUCCUUCUUCAAGCGCUGGUUCAGGCUAUGCGAAAGAAUAAACACUUACUUGCUCGCAUCUGGAAACUAGUGACUGAAUUGGAAGAAUACUUUAUGUUGCCAAUGAUGCUGUUCUUUCUUCAUAAUGGCGUAUGGAUUCUGAACAGUGUCAAUUGGACCUAUAUGCAGGCUGACAAUCCAAAAGAUUGUUGUGGCUACUCCCGCAUUGGACAUUUGCUGAUACUACUAUUCAAUCUCCUGAUACCCUGCUGGAUCAGUCACAACUGCAUAAAAACGUACAACAGUUUUAGUCGCAUCCUUCAUAAUAUUCGCUGUGGUUCUAGUCUGGUUACACCACAGCUUCUCAAGAUGAUCCUUAUGGAGUAUGCCUUGCAGAUGGAGCAUUUAAAAUUGAGAUUCACUUGCGGUGGAUUUUUCGAUAUUAAUCUCAAGUACUUUGCAGGCAUGGUUCUCACCAUCAUCAGUUAUACUAUAAUAUUGAUACAGUUUAAGAUGCAGGCGAUGCUAGAGGCCAAACAGGCGGCUACGCAACGUUUGAGCUUAAGUUUAACAAGCAAGGGCAAAAGCUCAAUGAAUGCUUAA